ACUGUCGCAUACAGUACAUGUCAGUCAGUCACUUGGUCAGUCAGUCAGUCAGUCUGCCUGGGGCGACAAACGAUUCGACGGUCUCACUCGCUCGCCAUCCCCUCGACCGACCAAUCGAUAGACACGCUCAUCGCAUCACAACAAAUCACACGCACAGUCCGUCCCCUCCCUCCCUUUGUCUCACACACCCAUCCGACGCGUCUCUCGAUCCGCUGGAAGAGGUCCAGCCGCUCGCCCGUCCGGCUGUCCGUCCACAGCUUCACGGGGUGCGGUGCGAUGCCGCGGGCCGGGUUGCCCACCAAACGCUCGUUGCCCUUUGUCUGCAGGCACACAUAGACACACACAUACGAGAGAGAGAGGGAGACAUGGACAUAUGGAAAGGCCUAGUGGCUCCCUCCCUUGUGCCUUGCCUAACACACCUUGAUGAUCAAGGCCGCGUAGGAGAUGUGCUGUCGGAUGUCGGCAGCGAUGCCAAACAUCUUGGCCUUUUCAUGCACGUUGAGGCUGGGGAUGUCAUAGCUGUCCUGCAGGUGCGGCUCAGCGGCGAAUUUGCCCACGCCUUUGGCCAGCACGACUGCCGGGACGCCGUGGGCCGCCUCGAGGUGAUUGAAGAGAGGCGAGUGGAAGGCGGCGUCCUUGCCCUUGAGCCAGCGGACCGGCCGCAGGGCGUCGUUGACUACAUUCUCCACCUCAAGACGCACCUGCCUUCGACGCAUCCGCUCCGCCGCGGUCUCGGCCUCCUUCGUGUCCUUCUUGUCCUUCUUGUCCUCACGGACCCUCGCCGCCUCCUCUUUGCUCCUGGCUGCACGAGUCGCCUGACAAGUACCCGCCAGCCAGCCACAAAAGUCAGUACCAUAUGAGCAUUAACGUUUCCUCCUCACUGACUGACGCACCUGUUCGAUUCUUUUGGCCGCUGCCUCUAUGGCCGCCUCUGCCGGCGACAGGCGCUUCCUCUUUUUCCCUGCAGCCGGCUGUCGGCCACCGGCAUCACCCUGCGCUGGCAAGAUGCUGCCCAUGCCGCCCUCCCCAAUCAACACUCGCAGACGAUCUAGUGGAAUGGCCGGAUGCAACGCCGCGAUGGACAAUGGCCUCAGGUGGGCCUCCCCUCCGUCCACGCUCACCGCCUCGUUGACGUGCACUUUGGCCCCAUGGCGACAAAGCCAUUUGAUAGUCGCAGUCCCGCUCGCAUGAUGGCCGCGGUGGGACGCUGCUGCGACGUGCAGGGGCCGCCAGCCCUGCGCGUCCUGAGUGCGGAUGAGGGCGGCUCCUCCCUUGGCGUGCAGCAGAUCGAGCAGCUGCUCCUGCCGCUUGGGGUCCUUCAGGGGCAGCUCACAGAAACGGUGGAGGGCCGUCUGGAGGUUGGAGUCGGUGUCGGUGGCCAGGGACGGGUCGGCGGACAGCAGUGACUCAGCGAUGCGCACCUUGUUUUCGUCGGAGACGGUCUUGGCCUCAGCGAGGGCGUGAAGCAGGCCUUGGCCGGCCAGCUGCGGUCGGCCCUUCAGCAGAGCAUCGACAGCCCCACAAACGCCCCUCUCCACAGCUGUCUUGCGGGCCAUCCCUUCGCCCAU